ACUUUACAGUACUUUACACCACUGGUGUUGGGGUGUGGUUCGGUACUGUACCAUGCAGGGCUGGAGUCUGUAUCAGUGUUAUCUAAACCUCAUUACAUGAAGCAUGAUAUACUACACAUAGUUGAAGGAAUUCAUUAAGUAUACCACCUCCCUACUACUUUCUUGUCUCUUGGCAUGCAACACACACACACACACCACCCGGUAAGGAUUUCAUUUUUAAAUGUUUCAAUUUUCUGUCGUCAAAAGGAGGCCUAUAGAUUGUGAUGUCGAUGACCUUGACAAGACAUCACCUUUUAGAGGUUGCUGUGACUACAUUAUUCAAUGGGCUCUGAGCACAGUCCUACUCUCAUACAUAUGGUAUGGAUGCCAUCUUGUAUUUGUUUAUGCUCAGAUAGAAUAAAGAAGAAACAGACCAGGAAGUAGGCAACAAUUCCAGGCAUUUGACACACUGCUGUUCAUUUGGUUCCCAAUGCAGAUCAUAUUAAUGAUUCUUCAGGUCUUUAUCCUUCUUCAUCUCAUUCUAGGUGUUUAGGACAGUGAUGUCAAUGAGAGUGUGGCAUCUAUGAAUCAAACUUUUCACAUUGUUCUUGUAAAAUACAGAAGGUUGAAACAGGAUGUGGUUGCAUUUGUGCUUUCACCUUUUCUCUGAAGUGCGCUAGUUGCGGUAUCUUUUUGCUUUGACAUGACCUCAUCUUGUUUCCAUGACAGCAUAACAAGCCCAACAUACAAACCACCUAGAAUGAGUAAACAAUUUAGGAGCAACUUGAACUUUUGAACUCCUCCUCAAAAUCUAGCAUGUACUAAAUUGUCAUUAUAAUCUAAUAGUUGAUUCUGUAGCUGCCAUGAGGUGUAUUUUGUAAAUAAUGAAUUGCAGUGAAAGUAUGAAUAAAGGCCUUUACAUAACAUCUGUCCAUUCUCUCGCACCCUUCCUCUUUCUCUCCCUCUCACCCUUCCUCUCCCUCACCCUUCCUCCCCCUGUCUGCCAGAUGAUCGCCACACCUCCUCACUCCCCUCGUCUCCCAGGCUCCCCGUCAUAUCUGGGAGGACACUGCGUCCCCUGUCCGGCCCCCCCACCCUCCUCCCCUUGCCCCUCCCCUCCCUCCUCUCCCUCCUCUGGAGGGGUCACACUACGUCGGACCACCCCCUCCUCCUGUCUCACACACACUCUGGACCACCUCCGCAGGCACAGCUGGCAGCCUGGAGUCAUGAUGUAUGGCUGCCCCCCACAGUACCAGCAACGCAGUGUGAGUCUGGAGGGUUUUGACCCAGAAGAGAUGGAGCGGGUGCUCCUUGGAGCCCUGGAGGGAUCCAGCAGAGGGGGGCGGGACCCUCGCCGAGCCCCCAUCACCUCUUUUGGCCAAGAGCUGGGCUCCCUGCUGUCACUCACGGAGGAGGAGGCGGGCUGCCAGACCCCGGUCUUCUCCCCAUUGGAGGAGCAGUCGUCUCAGCUGCAGGGCUUCAGUGCCUCCGCUCCCUCCCUGUGUGCCAGUCCCAGUCUGCGCCAGCUACCCAAAGCCAACCUCCACCCUCCAACCCACACAAACACUGAUACACACUCUCCGACACCUCACACACACCCCUACACACACUCACAAAACCACCAGCAUCAUCGUCAUCAGCCUUGCCAUCGCUCCUACUCAAACUCCAAUUCCAUCUCCCAAUGCCACUACCAAGAGUCUUCCCUGGGCUCUGUAUUUGGGGGUUCCACACAGAGUGUGGAUACAGAGCUUGGUGAGCUGUGGGGGCAAGAAGAGAGGCAGCGGCUGGGCGAAGAGAGAGAGAGGCGGAGGGAGGAGAGAAGGACGGAGGGACUGAGGGGUGCUCCCCCCGGGGAGGAGAGGGGGGAGAAGACGGGAAGCCCUUUGGGACGCACCUUCAGCUUCCUGCGCAAGAUGGCUGGCCAACGCAAGAACAAAGAGAAGGAGCGGAUGAAGGAGAGGGAGAAGGAGGCGCGGGAGCGGGAGGCGCGCUAUAGCAACGGCCACCUCUUCACUUCCCUCACUGUGUCUGCCACCACCCUCUGUUCCGCCUGCAACAAGAGCAUCACCGCUAAAGAGGCCCUCAGCUGCCCCACCUGCAAUGUCACCAUCCACAACCGCUGUCGAGACACACUGGCCAACUGUGUCAAGAUGAAACAAAAGCAACAGAAGCUAGCACUGGUGAGGAACAACUCCGCGCUGCAGAACGUAGCUCUAAGGACCAAAACCCCUAUGAUGAAGGAGCGGCCCAGCUCAGCCAUCUACCCGUCCGACAGUCUCCGUCAGUCCCUGCUGGGUUCCCGCCGUGUCCGCUCUGGCCUCUCCCUCUCCAAGAGUGUCUCCACACAAAACCUUGCAGGGAAUCUGAAUGACGACUCACCUUUGGGCCUGCGGAGGAUCCUGUCUCAGUCCACAGACUCCCUGAACUUCAGAAACAGAGCCAUGUCAAUGGAGUCCCUCAACGACGAGGGGGAGGUGUACUAUGCUGCCAUGUUGGAGGAGCUGGAGAGGGAGGGGAAGGACUUUGAGGCUGACUCAUGGAGCCGGGCCGUAGACCCCUCCUACCUGCAGACGCACCGCAAAGACGUCAUCAAGAGACAGGACGUCAUCUAUGAGCUGAUCCAGACAGAGUUCCACCACGUGAGGACCCUGCGGAUCAUGGAGGGGGUGUUCCGGCAGGGCAUGCUGGACGAGGUGCUGCUGGAGCCGGGCGUGGCGCACGCUGUCUUCCCCUGUCUGGAGCAGCUGAUGGCACUACACACGCACUUCCUUUCCCAGCUUAUGACACGACGCACACACAGCCUGGCCCCCGGGAGCAGUACCAACUUUACUAUCAACCAACUGGGGGAUAUACUGACUGAACAGUUCUCAGGUCAGUGUGCAGAUGAGAUGAGGAAAGCCUAUGCUGAGUUUUGCAGCCGCCACCCCAAAGCUGUGAAACUGUACAAGGAACUGCUGGCCAGAGACAAGAGGUUUCAGCACUUCAUACGGAGGGUAAGCCGGGGGCCCCUGCUGCGUCGCCAUGGCAUCCAGGAGUGCAUCCUGCUGGUGACUCAACGCAUCACCAAAUACCCUGUCCUCAUCCAGCGCAUCCUGGACAACACCAAGGGCAGUGAAGAGGAAGCCCAGUCCCUAGCCCAGUCCCUGUCUCUGAUCCGGGACUUGUUGAGCUCUGUGGACCAGCAGGUGGCAGAGUUGGAGCGGACCCAGAGGCUCCAGGAGAUCAGGGCCAGAUUGGACCCCCGGGCCCAGGCGGAGGUCAGGGGAGGAGGGGUGUUCAGGGGAGGGGAGCUGCUCCGCAGGACUCUCCUCCACGAGGGCACUCUGCUGUGGAAGACGCAAGGAUCCAGACUCAAAGACGUGCAGGUCCUGCUGAUGACAGACAUCCUGGUGUUCAUGCAGGAGAAAGACCAGAAGUAUUUCUUCCCAUGCAUAGACAAGCCUGCAGUGUUGUCUCUGAAGAACCUGAUCGUGAGGGACAUAGCCAAUCAGGAGCGAGGGAUGUUCCUGAUCAGUGACUCCACCCCCCCAGAGAUGUACGAGCUGCAUGGCGCCUCACGAGACGACAGGAACAACUGGAUGAGACUCAUACAGCAGACAGUCAGCAGCUGUCCGUCCAGAGAGGACUUUCCCCUGAUAGAGACAGAGGACAAGGCCUUACUGCGCCGACUCAGAGCUGACAUCCAGCAGAAGGACAGAGAGGUGCUGGAGCUCCUCCAGGAGAGAGUGACUCUGUUCUCUGACCUGGCUGAGGUCACCGGUGGGGGUCAGGAAGUCACACCCACCCCCACCAACUCUAGGAACAUCUUCCGGGCCGACACCCCCUACGCACCCCAGGCGGAAUACCUACUCACCGACGCCAUCUCAGAGGUUGACAGGCUGAGUGAGUUGCUGCUGGGCUCCAACAUAGAGCUUCCCAAGUCCAACGGUACCAAUGAUGACCAGAACCACAAAGGGGCGCCAGUGAGCAAUGGAGAUUCGAUCUCCGUCAACGGGACUCAUGAAAUGAAAGGAAGUCCAGCGUCCAAGGACAGAAAUGGUAACCAGCUACAGGACAGACCCCUAAAUGAGGAGGUGUGUCAGAGGCUUGUGAACCUCAGUGCUCAUCUCCACUCUCUACAGGCCGCUGUCAUUCACCAAGACUCUGUCCUCGAGCUCCGCCUCCACGAGGGCACUGGCCCCGCCUCCUCAGGUUCCUCCACUCCCACCCCCACUCCUCCAAACUCCUUCCCCAGGCUGUGCCGUUCCAUGUCACGUGACACAGGUCUGGAUGCGGGCAUGGUGGCAGCCAUGGGGGAGAUGGCCAUGCUCCAGAAGCAGCAUGAUCUGCUGCAGGAGGAGGUGGUGAGGCUGCGCCCCCUGGAGGCCAGGCUGAGGGACAGCGAGAGGGCCAGGGCUCAGCUGGAGCAGCAGAUCAGGGACAAUAAGGGCAAGAGGGGCAGGAGGGGAAGGAGAGGCAGCAGAGGCAGCAACGAAGACAUUGUGGUGGAUGUUACAGCCUUAGAGCAGGCUCCUGCUAAAAGAAGAGGAAGUGGUGAUGGCGAGCCCAGCCCUGUCGCGCCAUUGGCCUGUCAGGAACCAGUGGACCAAUUGGACGGCGUACAGGAAGGCAGUGAGGAGGAGGAGUCGGAGGAAGAGGCGGAUGUAGUGAAGGUUUCACCACGCUCUGACAGUCCAAGAGAUCUCCAGGAUAUCCCGGAGGAGAGCGAGUGCGGACCGGAAGCUCAGGAAUCCAAAGGCUGAUUCCGAGUUAACAUUGACCUCAAACUGGAUACGCAAACCAGAAAACAGGACUUGAGAGCUGGACCAACAUAUUCUCAACCUUCAACCAACCAGACCUGAUAGAACUUAUCUUCAGUGAUUCCAUCUAUUCGUCUUUCUUUGGCAUAGAAAGCCUACCCAGGAAUUGUGUAUUGUAUCAUGGUAUAAGUUAGUUCGGAGAUGUUAUAUGUUUUUCUAAUGUUAUGUUAAAAGCUUCAUCCUCGGGAUUGAAUCCCUUUUUCCAAGCCCACUCUUCGUUUCUUCUUUCCCUUUUCAAAACAAGGAUGACUAAUAACAGAGAGGGAUUGGGGGGUGAAGAGGAGGAGUUGUUCGCAACAACAAUGGAAUUCUAAUGGUGGACUGUUGAUCUAUAGGUGUCUGCUGAUACCAGUAGGAACUAUUCUGGACUGUAACUGCCUGUCAUUGUUGUACAUUUAGUGUCACCUCUCUACAGACCUGGUUUGUCUGUGAUGGUGGAGCUGACUGAUUGAAACUGAACUUAGAUCAGUAAAGGAGGGCGGGACAGAAAAGAGGGAGGGCGGGACAGGGAAAGGGGGAGGGCAGGACAGAAAAGGGGGAGGGCAGGACAGAAAAGGGGGAGGGCAGGACAGAAAAGGGGGAGGGUGGGACAGAAAAGGAGGGUGUACAUAUGCUCUAUAUCAUUGUUUAAAAUAUGUGUGGGUAUUAAUCAACUCUCACCCCCACUCCUUGAACACAAACACUUGAAAACUAUUGUGCUUUUCAUAAACCAAAUUGUUUCUUUUUUUCUAGGAAGACAUCAGUAGUGAAGCCACCAUGAGGGGUUUUAUACUGAAUAUUUUAUAAAAAUGGAGAGGGGAGGUUACAAUGAACUGUUCUGACUUUUGGAGGAUACACACAGAAGAACCACACUGAACCAAAAAACAACAUAAUUGACAUAUUAAUUAGGAUAAAGAAUUGCAUCCUUAGAAUAAGGAUAGACCAAUCUGACUGACUGUACCUGGAAUAUUUUCACCUCUAUUAUAAUCUACAGUUGUAUGUUUCAUACAUGAACUACUAAAUUGAACUACUAAAACGUGGUUUACACUGUACUUUAUCGUGAGUUCAGAUUUGCCGGUGGAAUUGACUUUGAUCGUCUCUAAUGUAUUUCACCCAUAUGGUUUUUAGGAUGAUAAACUGUUGCUACCAGCAACACUGACACCAACCAAAACCUCCUUUAACAAAAAGUUCAACAUUUUUCUGACUGUCUUUGAGCUCACCCCUUAACCAUGAAGCGACUGUAUUAUGUAGGAAUGUAAAUUAUUUGACUGGAUUCAAAGGGUGUUUCCUUGUUUGAACUACAUUAAAAAAAAUGUGUUAUCUUCUUUAUAUGUUACAUAUAUUCUAUAAGAACUAUUUGUAUAAAUAUUUGAUCUGUUCUGAAAAAAGAAAAUGACUUUUUAACGUUAAUAUUGUAAUUUUGUCUUUUUAUUAUUUUUUAUUUGACUUACAAUUAUUUUAAUUUUGUGUGCUGUUUAUAAAUCUUACAGAAAUCUA